AUGGCUUCGCGCAGAGACAAAAUCAAAGGAACAUCGCGCGACAUUGACGCCUGGUUCAAAAUUACCGUGGAGAGAUCAACACAACGUAUUUUCGAUGAUGCCGAAUACGAAGGGAAUGGAUGUAACAUGGUUCCUUCCGGCGCGUGGAAGACGGAAGCACCAACUGAUGCCUAUAUUGUUGGGCUUAAAGAACUUCCGGAAAACGACGAUUCACCAUUAACCCACACCCAUAUAUUUUUCGCGCAUUGUUACAAAAAUCAAGCUGGUUGGCAAGAUAUACUGGGCCGUUUCGCGCGUGGCAAGGGCGUUUUACUUGACUUGGAAUACCUGACGGAUGAAAAAGGUCGUAGAGUAGCAGCGUUCGGCUAUAACGCGGGAUUCGCAGGAGCAGCAAUUGGUAUUGAUGUAUGGGCGCAACAGAAUCUUAAUCCUUCUAUAGAGUAUCCUUCCAUCGAUCCAUAUCCUAAUGAGAAUAAAUUGAUCGAACAUGUAAAAAGUCGCGUAGAAGCUGCGCGUAAAGGAGGUCAAUAUCCACGAAUAAUGAUCAUAGGCGCACUUGGAAGAUGUGGGAAAGGUGCUGUUGAUUUUGCAUUAAAGGUUGGAAUACCGGAGAAUCAUAUAAUCAAAUGGGAUAUUGCGGAAACCAAAAAAGGAGGUCCAUUCCCAGAAAUUCUAGAAGCGGACAUUUUCAUUAAUUGCAUCUACUUAAAUCAACCCAUUCCCCCCUUCAUCACUAAAGAUAUGUUGGAUGGUGACCGUAAAUUAUCGGUUAUUGUGGAUGUUAGUUGUGAUACCACGAAUCCCCACAAUCCUAUUCCAAUUUAUACUAUUAAUACUACUUUUGAUAAACCGACCGUUCCGGUGAAAACAAAAAACGAACGUCCUCUUGAGGUUAUCUCAAUUGACCAUUUACCAACAUUACUUCCACGUGAAAGUAGUGAAGCAUUCUGUAAUGAUCUGUUACCAAGUUUAUUGGAAUUACCUAAUCUAUCAUAG